AGGCGACCUUGAAGUUGGUCCAAUUUUGUUAAUCCCAUCGUUAGUAGCCGGAAGUAUUAAAACCUCUCGAAGCAAAACCCAGGCGACCCAUCACAGCGUUCGUUGACGGCCAUCAUUUCUGGCUACAGGAGUUAACACUUUCAGUUCAUCAAUGGCAGCAAGGGUGAGAGCGUCGUCGAUUUUCGCAGCUACAGCAGCUCUGGUAAUAAUAGCUGCCGCAUCCUUCAGCUGGCCAUUAGCCUCUGCCGCUUCCCCGAAAUCUUUCGUCAAGAAGACCAUCAAAUCGCACCAGAUCGUCAUCUUCUCCAAAUCCUAUUGCCCAUAUUGUAGGAGGGCUAAAGCUGUUUUCAAAGAGUUGAACCAGAAGCCAUAUGUGGUUGAACUUGACGAGAGAGAUGAUGGGCAAGACAUCCAGGCUGCAUUGGGUCAGCUCGUAGGGAAACGAACAGUACCUCAGGUUUUCAUCAACGGCAAGCACAUUGGUGGCUCUGAUGAUACUGUUGAAGCAUAUGAGAGUGGUGAACUGGCUAAGCUUCUGGGCAUUAACGUGGAUGAAAAGGAGGAUUUGUGAACUAACACUCCAUCGAGAUGGUUUUUCGGUAUCUGAAUCCAGCUUGGUACGUGCGACCAAGGGCGUUCCUAUCUAUAGAUAGAGGCUGUUUGCUCGACAUCCUGACUAAAUAGUUGCAACCAGCAGUGAGUUCUAGUGAGUGCUAUUUGGUAUAAUCAACCAGAAGCUAGUCAUUCACCUGUGAGCUAAUAAUAGUUGGUGCUAUCUUACAAUGUUAGUUAUGAGAAUUGACUGCAGACUUUGUAAUGAAAAACGACUCAGAUUGUACGGUUUGAAAGUUCGAUACAGGAUUUUGAAUGACAUCCGUGUGGAUGAACCUUAUGCAUGAUUUGAUUCACUUCCAAAAUUCGGACGAUCUUUAUCUUUGAUGGAUUGGUUAUGCUGCUGAUAUCCUGGACAGGUUAGGGGUUGGAGGCUUGGAGUACUGGCUUACUUUCUAUGUUGA